AUGUUCAUUCUGACUACCAUCUCCGAUCUGAUCCAGAUCUCCCCAGAAGACUUUUCCAAGUAUAGUGCGGUUGCUAUUGAAGACAAUAUCAACGAGAAAUAUGCCAACAAGGUGAUUCAAAAAAUCGGCCUGUGUAUCGGCUUCUACGACUUAUUAGAGUCUUCGGACGGUCUUAUCGGUCACGGGACAGGUCUGGUCAACGUUAAUGUCAAAUUUCGUUUGAUUGUGUUCCGGCCGUUCAAGGGAGAGAUCAUACUCGGGAAGAUCUCCAGUGCUACGGAGCAUGGGAUCAAGAUUGGUGUCGAAUUCUUCAACGACAUCUUUGUGCCCCCAGACCUUUUGUUAGAGGGCGCCAGAUUCGACUACGCAGAUCAAGUCUGGAUCUGGGACAGCGAGGACGGUUCGUCGUUCUAUUUCGAUGUAGGAGAAAUUGUCCGGCUGCGCGUGGAGAUGGAAGAAUGGCACGACCAAAUUCCCAAUGCGCCAGACCUUGGGGACACAGCAGCAACCGAAAGAAAGCCUCCGUAUUCGAUUAUUGGCUCGAUGCAGAUGGCUGGUUUGGGUCCGAUUUCCUGGUGGUAG